CUCUAUGGUAUCUAUGGUGUGGUUGGCGUUAGUGUAGUUAUUGUUGUUUUUAUGAAAAUAUAAAAUAAUAUUGCACUAUAUUAAAGUAUAAUCACACUGCAUACGAAGAUGGCAAUGACAUCCUCCCAAGUAAAAGCUCAAAAAACUGUUGGAGGUUUGAGUACUGGGUCUGGCUGGCCCCGUAGAAGUGGCCCUGUUGGUACAGCAACAGCCGUGGCUGCUGCAGCUCCAACAUUCGAGACGAAGUAUCCAAUACCACAGGCUGCUAUUUACAGAACUAUAAAAUUGUAUCCUUUGACAAAUUAUACUUUUGGAACGAAGGAAGCUUUAUUCGAAAAAGAUCCUAGUGUACCUGCUAGAUUUCAAAGAAUGAGAGAUGAAUUUGAAAAAAUUGGUAUGAGAAGAAGUGUAGAAGGAGUACUUUUAGUUCAUGAGCAUGGAUUGCCCCAUGUUCUAUUAUUACAACUAGGAACAACAUUCUUUAAAUUACCUGGUGGUGAAUUGAAUCCCGGUGAGGAUGAAGUUGAAGGUUUGAAACGAUUACUGACAGAGACUUUGGGCAGACAAGAUGGAGUUAAACAAGAUUGGAUUAUUGAGGAUAUCAUUGGAAAUUGGUGGAGACCUAAUUUUGAACCUCCGCAGUAUCCAUAUACUCCCCCUCACAUUACUAAACCCAAGGAGCAUAAACGUUUGUUUCUUGUGCAGCUUCAAGAAAAGGCCCUUCUAGCUGUUCCAAAAAAUUAUAAACUAGUUGCAGCGCCGUUGUUCGAGCUAUAUGACAAUUCUCAAGGAUAUGGACCAAUAAUCUCAUCUUUACCACAAGCCUUAUGCAGGUUUCAAUUCAUUUAUAUGUAAGAUGGGCCAAAAAUUGAUGAUUUGAAAGCUGUGAGACAUUCAAAAGAAGUUAUAAAUGCAAAAUAGCUCUGUACAAAUUGAUCUGUUGGAAUAAUUCUGAUAAUUUUAUGUAAAUAUGUAGUUAUUGUGAGUAUUACAUUGUGAACUGAAAUGCUUGACAAGUCUAAAAUGUAGAAUUAAGAUUUAUAAGUUAUAAUCUCAGAAGUAUCUGUGUGGACAAUGAGUUUUUUUUUAUUGAAUACUGUUUUUCUUUAAAAUUUUUCUACAGUGUUUUGUGGUAAAAUAGGAUGUCCUAUUUUGAGAAUAAAUGGAUAUGUGAAAAUUAAA